AUGAGUCUGCUUCACAUGUUUUCGAAGGAGAGUUUGCCCACUCUCCUUCAACACACCACUUUUCUCGAUGGCAUCAAAUAUGCCCUGUCUGCAUGGGUCAUUUAUUCCUGCUGCAUGAUUGCUGUUGACUGGGUUGUGUACGAACACAAACGCAAGCAGCAUGGGUGUGGCAAGAUCCCCCGAUACCCUCAUCGCGACCCAUUUUUCGGCUUCGACAUUGUUCUCGGUAUGGCUAAAGCCUUGAAGAAUGACUACUUUCUUGUUUGGCUCAAUAAGGUGCACCGAGACCUACCAAAGACCUUUUUGGUCAAUUUUGUCGGCACUCGGUUCAUUUACACCAUCGAACCUGAGAACAUGAAAAGUAUGUCCGCCAUCAACUGGCAGGACUUUGCAGUUGGUCCGAUGCGACGCAAUAACAAGGCGACUGCUCCAUUCGCGGACAAGGGCGUCAAUACCGUCGAUGGGCAUGAGUGGGAAUUCAGUAGAUUUCUGAUCAAGCCCUUUUUCAAGCCGGAAACCUUCAGGGAUACCAGUCGUCUGUCCAUUCACGUCGACCGAAUUCUGGAUCUGCUGCCGGCGGACGGCGAAACGGUCAAUAUUCAGCCACUCAUUCAACGUUGGUUCCUUGAUGUGACUACUGAGUCCCUCUUUGGAGAUUCAAUUGAGUCUCUGGUCUACCCAGAGAGAGCGCCCAUUUGCUGGGCCAUGGUGGACGUUCUCCGAGGUCUUCGGCUUCGACUCCAGUGGUACAAGUAUAUCUGGCUCUUCCGUCACCAGGCAUGGCUCGAUGCGGUUGACGUGGUCCACAAAUAUUUGAACAGCCAUAUUGAUCGAACAUACAAAGAGCUCGACGAAUACAAGAGCCAAGGGAAAGAUCCCGAACAAGCCGAUCGCAAGGAUCUUCUGUGGUACAUGGCGAGCAAUCUUCCUCAGGACAAGGAGGCUCUCCGGUCUCAGAUCUGCUUGAUCUUUGUGCCCAAUAACGAUACCACUUCCAUCUUCAUCAGCCAUAUCCUCUGGAAUCUUGCCCGUCAUCCAGAGAUUUACGAGAAAUGCCGGCAGGAGGUACUCGCGCUGGGCGACGUGGAGUUGACAUUCUCGGUACUGCGAAACAUGAAAUAUCUCAUUGGCAUUUUGAACGAGACACAUCGCCUUUAUCCCAAUGGUGUGACCCAGGUGCGAAAGUGCAUCCAUGACACCACAUUACCCAUGGGUGGAGGUCCAGAUGGCAAGCAACCAAUCUUUGUCCGUAAGGGGGAUGUCGUCCAGGUUAACAAGAAUGUCAUCCAUCGAGAUCCAGAUAUCUGGGGUCCUGACGUUGAGGAAUUCCGGCCUGAGCGAUGGGAGAAUCUUCGGCCCUACUGGAGCUUCGUGCCCUUCGGUGGAGGUCCACGUCGUUGUCCCGCUCAGAUGCUGGUCACAGCGGAAGCUAGCUACUUCCUGGCUCGGCUGAUGCGCGUCUACAAGAGGAUUGAAGCCAGAGAUCCGAACCCUUAUGUUGGAGUGAUGCGGGUGGGACCUUCAAAUAAAACUGGCGUUCAAAUUGCGCUGUUUAAGGAGUGA